AUGUCUGACAGCUCUGACACCACUCCUCCCUCUCCCAAAUUGGCUACAACUCAUGAAGAGACUCUUGGGGAGAUUAAGGCUAUCCUAGAGGCUCGACCGUCCUUCACCAGCGGAACUAUGCCCCUCACUCCUACUGAGUCCACCCUGUUCUAUGCCCAAGGUCCCGACGCGUGGCGUAUCGAUCUUGCCAACGCAACAGAGGACCAACUCGUGCAUCUUUCUCAAAUCUGCGCCGCUGCGACAUUCGGGCGCAACCAUGAAGACGUGCUGGACGAGACGUACCGGAAAGCCCGAAAGCUCGAUCGCUGUGAUUUCGCUUGUCAUUAUGAUCCAAUCCAAUCCGGACUCGUUCGAGUGGCGUGUGGAGAUAUUCUUGCCGCAAAGGAUGGAUCACGGCCUGUCAGAGCUGAGCUGUACAAGUUGAACAUCUAUGGACCAGGUUCUUUCUUCAAACCCCAUCAAGAUACGCCGCGCGCGUCGAACAUGUUUGGGUCCCUUGUGGUCGCGUUCCCGACUCAACACGAAGGUGGCGAGCUCGUACUGCGUCCGCGAAACAUGGAUACGGAAGUGUGUCUCGACUUUAGCCAGUGGUUGGGAGCGAAGGAAGAACCGCACGUGGCCUAUGCCUGUUUCUUUGGCGAUGUCGAGCAUGAAGUCUAUGAAGUUACUAAUGGCUAUCGCGUCACUCUCACUUACAACCUCUAUUAUGCCGAUCAAGAUGUCGGAGUUCUUAGGCAUUCCAAGAUCGUCCAGCCCAUCGAGCAAAACCCUCUCUUGCAGAAACUUUCGACUCUCCUCGAUGACCCUGCCUUCCUUCCGAAUGGUGGUACCCUCGGUUUCGGGCUCCGGUACCAAUACUCUGUCAACGAGCGUUCGGACUCGAAGGCAAUCGCUUCCGUUCUCAACGUCAUGAAGGGCAGCGACGCCGAUCUCCUUUACGCCCUACGUUCAAACGGGCUCGAUCCGUUUCUCAUGGUCAUCUACAUGGAAGAGGGAUACACCAUCAUGUGUCCCGAAUAUGUCGAACCUCCCGAAGAGGUUGACGUUGAUGAUGACUGGGUCUCGGAUAUACUUCUUUCAAGGUGGGCAGGUGGUACCGUCAUUGGCCAUUCUGUUCGUCAGAGGAGGAAAGAUUCGGAUGUGGAAGAGCAUGUGCGGUGGGUCACCUCACCGUGGACGAAUAUGAACACCCAUGGGUCGCAGUGCAUUGCGUAUGGUAAUCAGGCUUCGCUCAGUGGCCUGUAUGGUGAUUUGUCGUUGAUUGUUCGUAUCGGUCCGCCUGGUUCGAGAGGAGAAGUAGCUGAAUAG